GCAUUUCACAAGUAGGGUAAUGUCAGUAAAAACUGUGCUAUCCCCACUUUUGAUUUUGCAGUGCAGAUGUACAAUCUUUAGUGAAUAUGUUCUCACCUAAAUCUGAAGAUAAGUUAAAUAAUUAAGGAAAUUAAGUCCUUUAAUCAAUACGAUUCGGUUCCCAACGUUGAACACGUUGCUACCAAAAGGAGCCGUUCAAAAAGAGGUUCGUGAACCACUCCCCCGAUCACCACUACCUUGGUUUAGUAAUCCUCCGAGGUUGAUAGUAUUUUUUGCUAUGACUUUUCUAAAAAUAAGCCCCCUGCAUUAUCGGGUGUGAGACAAAAAGUUUAAUGAAGAAGCAAUUCUCACUCCGACCUGAGAAAGGCAGCAAUACGAAAUAUAGCGUCUAGUCUGCCGGAAACACACAACAAGAAGAAGCGUACAGGAGAACUAGCUCACGGUGCAAGUUUCGAGUUGCAAGAAAAGGCAUCUUCUAAAAAGUAUCAACAACUGUAAAAAUGUCCGGACGGUCAGGUCGCGCGGAGACACGAAGUCGUGCUAAAGACGACAUUAAAAAGGUGCUGGCUGCGAUUGAAAAAGUGCGUAAAUGGGAGAAGAAGUGGGUGACAGUUGGAGACACAUCCCUGCGCAUAUUCAAGUGGGUGCCUGUGUCAGACACUAAACAGAUUUACCGGAGCAAAUCCACAACUGGAGAGGUUCGUGGUCUAAAAGAUGUAGUGUUGGAAAAUACCAGCUCUACUUUGGACUUCCAGGACGAAUGCAGCAACCAGAGUUUCCUGUCUGAUGUUUAUCAGCCCAAAAUGGACAGCUGCAGCUCCAGCUCCCAGCACGCCAGUGAGGCCGUCAGUCCUUCGCCCCACACGUCGACCCUCCGCACAUCUGAAGACUCCCAACCACCCAUGCUUGGCCAGGAGAGUGUGGAAGAACCAUCCGAGCCAGCGGAUGAGCCUCCAACAUUGAUCAAGGAGGACCUGCUUUUGCCCCUCAGUGUUCAAGUAAGCGCUCCAUGCACAGAGGAAGAAGAGAGUUCAGGAGCCCCUCCACUGAAGAAAAUAUGCACAGAGAAAAUCGCUGUACUGAGAUAGCUACUUCCCUAAAUUGUUAAGCUGGGGUUGAAAUGCUUGCAGCGCAUGCAUUUUGAAGGCUUCAAAUGGGACAUACUGUACAUAGAGGAUCAUACAAUCUGCAUUUAUGUUAAUCAAGUCAUUACAAAUUGCAUUUGUUAUUGUUGAAAAAAGUUAUUGUUAAAAAAAAUGUUUUAAAUAAUUUAAUACAUUUUCUUUUAAUACAAUUGGAUAAAAAAAAUCACCUUUUCAAGGGAAUGGUAUGCUGUUUUGUGUGUUACACUGUACAUACAGUUAAUGUAAUAUGUGUUUUUGCUUUGCAGUAUAUACAAUAUUUAUUUUGACCCAACUGUCUUAUGUUAUUUGUAAAAUUGCACAGAUCAAUAUGGUUAUGGCGCCAAAUCAUUUUGUGAGGGAUUCCAAGGGAUGCAGUUGAGCAGGUCUUCAUUAAUAUACUGUUGAGUUUCUUUUCUUUUUUUCACUAUGAAAGUAGCACAACAAUGGUAAGGGAAAGUAAUUUCACUCACUUGAUUGAAUUGAUUAUGUUGUAAUGUUUUUAAAACAAUAUUAUACAUUGUAAGACUUAGAAACCAGUUGGUCACGUCUAUCCUUUUGAUAUAUCUGGCUUGUUACAUUUUCAUUUGACACUGGAUGUGACACUUUGCUUGAGUAAAACAUACUUGUAAUUCAGAAAUGUUUUGUUCUUAUGGCUGUUCAUGCUCUUACUUUGUGUUUCAAUGUAUAUAUUUUAUUUCAUAAUUGUUUCCUACCUAACUUAGUUCAUGCCUCUGGCAGUCAGCGUCAAACAGUAAUUUGACUGCUUAACAAUGUAAGUACACGGAUACAAUGGGAACUGUCCCAAUAUGGCCUAAUAAAUAAAAAC